AGUGAUGAGCCUGUUGCUUGCAGACAAGUGAGGAGGUUGAGAAGCUGUACUGGAAGCAGCAACAAGCAGAAUGGGAGCAGAGGAAACAGGAUCUUCUCUCGGCCUUCACACACUCAGGAACGGAUUUGUUAAACAUCACUGUCCAGCAGCAGGACAGCGUGUAUGGUAUGUCCCGUGUGGGCAGCAGCGGCAGUAGCCUGAGCAGCGAGGAGACGGCCUAUGUGCGAGUGGUGCGGCAAUACAAUGAGGAGAUCCUGCAGGGUGGCAUUAGACCCAACUUGGCUGAGGGUCUGGGGGAGGCUGCGGCCACCAUGAAUGACCAGAGCAUCACAGACCUGUGGGCACUGGUCAAGUGUCUGAGUGAGGUGCCAGUAAGCAUGGUGGGGGAGACAUCCAAGGCACGAGUCACACCAAGGGUCCAGAAUGCUGUGGUUAAGCAGGCACGCAGCUACCUUGAAAAGUCGUACACAAGUCACAUGAGACACAUGGUUUACUCAAACCUGGAGCGUGCACAGCUGGGCGGAGUGCCAGGUCUGGUGCCACUUGUGCGUGCCUACCUGGAGGUUGUGCUUCCUCACCAGGUGACAGCCACACUGGAGGACGGACAGGCCAGUGGUGCCCCAGUGUGGCCUCUCAUCUACUACUGCAUGAGAGCAGGAGGGAGCAAGGCUGCGUGUCAGGCUGCGGCUGAGAACAGCUCGCCCCUGGUGGUGGAGGUGGUGGGGGCACUGGAGCACUACUACAAGAGUGACUCGGGGCGACUUCCACCAGACUUAGAGAAGAAGCUGAGGACAUCCUACAAGCGCACUGUCAAAAACUCCCCAGACCCCUUCAAGCGAGCCGUGUUCUGUUUGGUGAGUCGCUGUGAGCCUCAUGAAGACCACACUGACAUUGCCACCACCACCGAUGAUUACUUGUGGCUUAAGCUGUGUGUGGUGGACUGUGACAACUCUCCUUCUGCCUCAGUAUCCAGCACCAGCAGCAUACAGCAAGACACUCUCACUCUCAUUCAGCUUCAAAAUCUUCUUUAUGAGCAGUAUGGGGAGUCACACUUCAAUGCUUGGAAUCAGCCUCUUCUAUACACCUCUAUACUUCUACAAACAGGACAAUUUGAGGCUGCUGUUGAGUUUUUGAGCCGUAAGGAGGCCCUGCGGUGCCAUGCAGUGCACAUUGCCCUGGUCCUGCAUGAGAUGAACCUGCUGGCCCUGCCCUCUGAAGUCCACGCCCCCAUGUUGUCAAGGGAGGACAGUGACCCAGAGGGAGUCCGACGCCUCAAUCUUACCCGCCUCAUCCUCCUCUACACCCGCAAGUUUGAGGUGACGGAUCCAUGUGAGGCGCUUCACUACUGCUUCUUCUUGAGGUCACUAAAAGGAAGGAAUGGUGAGAAUGUGUUUUCUGGCUGCAUAAGUCAGCUGGUGCUGCAGUCUCGGGAGUUUGACUUGCUCCUGGGGCGGCUGGAGCCUGAUGCCCGCCGCACUCCAGGCAUCAUUGACAAGUUCAAGGUUGAUGUGAGUGAGGUAAUACAGAUGGUAGCUCAGGACUCCGAGAAGAAGGGGCUCCAUGAAGAUGCUAUUAAGUUGUAUGAUUUAGCUAAGAAUCAUGAAAAAGUGGUGUCCCUGCUGAACCAGUUGCUGAGCCAGGUGGUGUACCAACCUGAGGGUGGCAGUGGGAGUCAGCGCAGCCGUGUGGUGGAGCUUGCCUCUGCUGUGGCCCUCCGCUUCAAGACUCAUGGCCACAACACCCUCCCCACCAUUGUGGCCACCCUGCACCUCCUUAUGGAUCUGGCCACCUUCUUCAACUUUUAUCACAAAGAAAGAUUCAUUGAUGCCCUUGAGAUCCUGAAGAAAUUGCACAUCAUUGCCCUACGGAGAGAUGAAGUUGACAGCCGAGUUGCUGGAGUGACGGCUCAAGGGAGUGAGGUGAGAAGUGUGCUGCCUCAUAUCCUACUGGCUGCCAUGACAACAACCUACAAGCUGUACCGAUCAAGCCAGCUGCCACAGUCUCCCCAGCCUUCUCUCAAUGUGUCUACAGCAUCUGCCCCAACAGCUCCCAAGCACCUCCAGGAGCAAGCCCGGGCCAUUGUGACCUUUGCCGGCAUGAUCCCCAUGAGACUCCACUCAGAUAUCAAUGCACGUCUGGUCCAGCUGGAAGCUCUCAUCAACUAAUUAAGAUAAGAUACAAACUCACAUAUUGUAGAGAACUUGUUUGUCUGAUUUUAUUUUCGUAACUGACUUAUAAUGUAUCAAGUGUGAAAUGUUAGACUUUGACUUUGAAGUUGGUGUAUUGUGUAGGAGUUUUUCCUUUACAUUACUUGUCAUGUCAAGGAGCAUUAUUCAAAUUUGUUUUAGAAUUUAAUUUACUUUAUGUGCCCACAUGGCCUGGAAGAAUUUUCUCUUGUAAUUUUUCAGAAAAAAUAUAUGUGAAAUUGAAAUGAA